CGUCACUGUGUGAAAGCUCAACGGGCACGCCCCACCCACCACCACAGACCAAGUCCACCCCCGGCCAAGGACUCGCUACGCGUGUUUUUCGCAGUGUAUUUAAUAAAUAACUAACCAAACCAAACAAAACAGAAAAAAAACAAAAUGAGCAAGUUUGCUUGGGUUACCUUGACCACAAAUGACACGUACUCGCUGGGCGCCUUGGUGCUGGCACAUUCGCUGAAGCGAGCUGGUACCGCCCACCAGUUGGCGGUGCUGGUGACGCCCACCGUGUCGGAGGCGAUGCGGGACAGACUGAAGGACGUGUACAAUGUUGUACAAGAGGUUAAUGUACUCGACUCACAGGAUGCCGCCAACUUGGCGCUUCUCUCCCGCCCCGAACUGGGCGUCACCUUCACAAAGCUGCACUGCUGGCGUCUCGUGCAGUUCGAGAAGUGUGUCUUCCUCGAUGCAGAUACUUUGGUACUGAAAAACUGCGACGAGCUUUUUGAACGCGAUGAACUCUCGGCAGCUCCAGAUGUCAGCUGGCCCGAUUGCUUCAACUCCGGCGUGUUUGUAUUUAGACCCAACGUAGAGACCUUCAACAAGAUCACAGAUUACGCCGUACAGCACGGCAGCUUCGAUGGCGGAGAUCAAGGACUUUUGAAUCAAUAUUUUGCCGAUUGGGCGACCGCAGACAUUAAAAAGCAUUUGCCCUUUGUCUAUAAUGUGACUGCAUACGCUUCCUACUGCUAUUUGCCCGCAUUCAAACAGUUCAGAGAUAAAAUAAAGAUUUUGCAUUUUGCUGGCAAACUGAAGCCCUGGUUGAUACAGUUCAAUUCGGAAUCGAAAAUCGCAGCCACGCCCAGCGAUUACGCCCAUGCCCAGGAUCUUAUCCAACAGUGGUGGAAUAUCUUCUGUGAUAGUGUGCAUAAAUCGCUUAGCGAUAAUAUGCUAAUUGAAAAUAUGCCGGAAAGUGUUUCCAGUGAUAAAUGCGAUAGUCCUCCAAGCGUUCAACAAGAGUGUCUUUGCUUAAACAUAAUCACUCCAACGAGCUACACUGAAUAUCAAUACGAUAUGGAUAGCUAUUACCAACAUCAUUUGGAGCAAGAACAACAACAACUGCAACGACAGCAAUAUGUGCCAGAAGUGCGAGAAUAUCGUGAUCCUUGGGCAGAUUACUAUGAGCAAGCAGAGAGCCAAUGGAAUGCGUCUGAAUCGCAAAAUGAAUAUGAGAAUCAAAAUGAAAAUGAAAAUGAAUUUCCAACAAAUGCAAAUGCUGCCCAGAUUGAGAAUUCAUAUGAGGAGAGGUGGCAAGCGACGAGCCAGAGCGAUGCAAGCAGAAGUGACAGUCCCAGACCCACAUCACCACCACCACAACCACAAGCACCUCAACCACAAGCACCUCAACCACAAGCACCUCAACCAUCGCCACAAUUACCACCCACUGCCAAUGAAGUCUCCAUAGCAAUAGAUGUAAAUAUCAAUGUACAUGAAACUGAGCAAUCAUCCAAUACCACCCACCAAGAACAAUACGAACAACAUCCAGAACAACACCAACAACACCACCACCACCACCACCACCAGAACAGUACAAUACAAAGCACGUUACACCACAGUCAAGUCGAUGCAAAAGAGGAUGAAGAAAAAGUUGCCGAUGCAGAUGAGGCUGGUCUUGCCGGCGCCUUGUCUCAGCUGCAAAUUGGCGUUCAACGUACCCCAGAGCAGGAGCAUUACGAGAAUCUGAUGCGUCGCCAGUGCUGGGAAUCGGGACAGAUUGAUUAUUCGGGCGCCGAUUCGUUCGAUAACAUUUGGAAGAAGAUCACGCAGACGCUGGAGGCGAAGCCAGAGCCAAGUGCCGAUCAAGAUCAAACUGGUAGUUCAUAGAUACAACAACAAGCAGAACAAAACAAACUCACAAC